CCGGGCUCGGACCUUCCUGGGUGGUGUUGCUCUGUAUCGUGCGAUGUCGGGCCGGAAACCUGCCUUUGGCCGUGCCGCUACCACCAGCCCAGCCCCUGCAGGGCAAGCGGUUUUGAGCAGAUUCUUCCAGUCUACGGGAAGCCUGAAGUCCACCUCGUCCCCCACGGGUACAGCCGACAAGGCCGACCCUGACUCUGACUCCGCAGCGCCCCUAGCGUCCACUUUCCCGCCUCAGUUGCCGCCACACGUGGUUGCAGAAGUUGGCAGCGGUAAAAAGAGACCGCUGGAGAGUGAUGGGCCUGUUCAAAAGAAAGCAAAGAAAGUCCAAGAAAAGGAAGGAAGAAGUGAUUCAAUAAAGUUUGGGAAUGCUGAGCCAAAGAAAUGUCUGAGGACCAAGAAUGUUUUAAAGUCUCUGGAAAAAUUGAAAGAAUUCUGCUGCGAUUCCGCCCCUCCUCGAUAUAGAGUCCAGACAGAACCUCUUCAGGAGAGAUUGGCAGUUCUGCCAAAAUGUACUGAUUUUGACGAUAUCAAUCAUCUACGUGCAAAGAAGGCAGUUUCUUGUGAAGACUCCAAAUCUCGUAUUAGUCAAAAGGAUAAGACGCUUUCUGAUCUCAGUCCUUUUGGAUCAUUACACACGGGUAAUGACAAUUCACUGAAAACUUCUGAUCCUAAGCCAUCUAACAAACGGUCAAAAAGCAUUUACACACCUUUAGAAUUACAAUACAUAGAACUGAAACAACAGCAGAAAGAUGCAAUUUUGUGUGUGGAAUGUGGAUAUAAAUAUAGAUUCUUUGGGGAAGAUGCAGAGAUUGCAGCCCGGGAGCUCAAUAUUUAUUGUCAUUUAGAUCACAACUUCAUGACAGCAAGCAUACCUACUCACAGACUGUUUGUUCAUGUACGCCGCCUCGUGGCAAAGGGAUAUAAGGUGGGAGUUGUGAAGCAGACGGAAACUGCAGCAUUAAAGGCGGUCGGGGACAACAGAAGUUCACUGUUUUCCCGGAAACUGACUGCUCUUUAUACGAAAUCUACACUCAUUGGAGAAGAUGUGAACCCUUUAGUCAAGCUGGAUGAUGCUGUAAAUGUCGAUGAGAUAAUCACUGAUACUUCUACCAGCUUUCUUUUGUGUAUCUGUGAAAAUAAGGAAAAUGUAAAGGACAGAAAAAAAGGGAACAUUUUUAUUGGAAUCGUGGGAGUGCAGCCUGCCACAGGUGAGGUGGUGUUUGACAGUUUCCAGGACUCUGCUUCCCGUUCGGAGCUGGAGACGCGAAUACUGUGCCUGCAGCCGGUGGAGCUGCUGCUUCCCUCACACUUGUCAGAGCAGACGGAGACACUCGUGCACAGAGCCACAGCUGCCAGUGUACGGGAUGAUAGAAUUCGAGUAGAAAGGAUGGAUAACAUGUAUUUUGAAUACAGCCAUGCUUUCCAGGCGGUUACAGAGUUUUAUGCAAAAGAUGCACUUGACCUCCAAGCUUCUCAAACUUUUUCUGGCAUCAUUAAUUUGGAGAAGCCUGUGAUUUGCUCUUUGGCUGCCAUAAUAAGAUACCUCAAAGAAUUUAACUUGGAAAAGGUGCUUUCCAAGCCCAAGAAUUUUAAACAGUUGUCGGGUGAAAUGGAAUUUAUGACAAUUAAUGGAACAACAUUAAGAAACCUUGAAAUCCUACAGAAUCAGACUGACAUGAAAACCAAAGGAAGUUUACUUUGGGUCUUAGACCAUACUAAAACUUCAUUUGGGAGACGGAAGUUAAAGAAAUGGGUGACCCAGCCUCUCCUUAAACUAAGGGAGAUAAAUGCUCGACUAGAUGCUGUAUCUGAAGUGCUCCAUUCAGAAUCCAGUGUGUUUGGUCAGAUAGAAAAUCAUCUGCGUAAACUACCUGAUAUAGAGAGAGGACUCUGUAGCAUUUAUCACAAAAAAUGUUCUACGCAAGAGUUCUUCUUGAUUGUCAAAACCCUGUAUCAUCUGCAGUCAGAAUUUCAAGCAUUAAUACCUGCUGUUAAUUCCCACGUUCGGUCAGACUUGCUGCAGACAUCUCUUUUAGAAAUUCCUGAACUCCUUAGUCCAGUGGAGCGUUACUUAAGGAUCCUUAAUGAACAAGCUGCCAAGACUGGAAAUAAAACUGAAUUAUUCAAAGACCUUACUGAGUUCCCUUUAAUAAAAAAGAGGAAAGAUGAAAUUCAAGAAGUUACUGACAAGAUCCAAAUACAUUUGCAAGAAAUACGAAAAGUACUGAAAAAUCCUUCUAUACAAUAUGUGACAGUGUCAGGACAAGAGUUUAUGAUUGAAAUAAAGAAUUCUGCUGUAUCUUGUAUACCAGCUGAUUGGGUUAAGGUUGGAAGCACAAAAGCUGUGAGCCGUUUUCACUCUCCUUUUAUUGUAGAAAAUUACAGACAUCUGAAUCAGCUCCGGGAGCAGCUAGUCCUUGACUGCAGUGCUGAAUGGCUUGGUUUUCUAGAGAAUUUCAGCGAACAUUAUCACUCCUUGUGUAAAGCAGUACAUCACUUAGCAACUGUUGACUGCAUUUUCUCCCUGGCCAAGGUCGCUAAGCAAGGAGAUUACUGCAGACCAACUCUGCAGGAGGAGAGGAAAAUCGUGAUUAAAAAUGGUCGGCACCCUGUGAUUGACAUGUUGCUGGGAGAACAGGAUCAGUAUGUUCCCAACAGUACGAAUUUAUCAGAGAAUUCAGAGAGAGUAAUGAUAAUCACUGGACCAAACAUGGGUGGAAAGAGCUCCUACAUAAAACAAGUUGCACUGAUUACUAUCAUGGCUCAGAUUGGCUCCUACGUUCCUGCAGAGGAAGCAACAAUUGGAAUCGUGGAUGGCAUUUUCACGAGGAUGGGAGCGGCAGAUAAUAUAUAUAAAGGACAGAGUACCUUUAUGGAAGAGCUGACUGACACUGCAGAAAUAAUAAGACAAGCAACAUCCCAGUCCUUGGUUAUCUUGGAUGAAUUGGGAAGAGGGACGAGCACCCAUGAUGGAAUCGCCAUUGCUUAUGCUACACUCGAGCAUUUUAUUAGAGAUGUGAAAUCCUUAACCCUGUUUGUCACCCAUUAUCCACCAGUUUGUGAAUUAGAAAAAAGUUACUUGCAACAGGUGGGAAAUUAUCACAUGGGAUUCUUGAUCACUGAGGAUGAAAGCAAAGAGGAUUCAGGUGAAGAGCAAGUUCCUGAUUUUGUCACUUUUCUUUAUCAAAUAACCAGAGGAAUUGCAGCAAGGAGUUACGGACUAAAUGUGGCUAAACUAGCAGAUGUUCCUGGAGAAAUUUUAAAGAAAGCAGCUAGCAAGUCAAAAGAGUUAGAAGGAUUAGUAAAUAUGAAGAGGAAAAAGCUAAAGUAUUUUGCAAAGUUAUGGAUGAUAAAUGAUGCAAAAGACCUGCAAAAAUGGAGAGACGAGUUUGAAAUGGAAGAAAUUCCAGACUUCUCUUCUUGAUGAAAACGAAGACUACAUUUUUGGACAAAACAUGGAGAAUUAAAAAUACCAUCUGUACAAAAAACUCUCCAGUAACAGCCUAUCUUUGUGUGAUGUGAGCGUAAAAUCAGAACUCUGGUAUAUUCCCAUGGGAAACAGGCCUUUUGUGUAGAAAGUCUGUUCCAGGUUCUUGUCAUCCUGACUUAGAAAAGUAUAAACAGUUUUGAAUAUUAAGACUUCUGUUACAUAAUUUAAAAACUUCAUGAAUAGUAAACUUCACAUAAAAUUGAUCACCUAAAUGAAGCCUAACAUGAACCUUUAGAGAGUGAUAGGAAAAUUUAAUUCAUAUUUUUAUUUGUUCCAGUUCAGAUUAAUUUGCAACGGGGUGAGACAUCUAGCAGAAAUAAACCUUUUCGCUUGAACUAAA